CGCCAAUUCUGAUUCAUCGAACAACACUAUAAUUUAAUGGCGGAUUCGCUUGUGAUGCCGGUUGUGUUAUUUUUGCAAUAAUUUCAGCGUACUUUUGUAAAAAGAUUUUAAAGUUUUGUGUAUUCAUAUAAUAUUUGAGGUAAAGUGUUGAAAAUGGUAGCGCCGAAGAGAGGCCGUGGUGCUGCUCAGAAAAAGGCAAAAGCGAAUGAAGAAGUAAGCCAACCGGAGCCGGAGCCCACGGAGGCGAUGGAGGCUACUGAAGAGAAUAACGGCGACACACAACCCGAGGCGCAGGAGGAAGCUCCAGCCGGCGAAGAGGCUGCGGAGCAGCCGGAAGGAGAGCAGGAAGCACAGAACACUGAAGAAGCCAAACAGGAAGAACCGAAAGAAGAAAAAGUGGAACCUGGUAAACUGCUCGUUGAAAAUCUCCCACCAAGUUACCUAUUUGAUUACCAAGAUAAACUGAAAGAACUCUUCUCAAAACAUGGAGAAAUCAACAGUGUAAAACGUGGUCCGAUCAUUGUAACUGAAUUGACCACAACUCCGACAUUAUCGGCUAUAGUCGAAUUCAAAAACAAAGAGUGUCUGGAAAAGGCGCUGACGGAAGACGGUACAGUAUUAGAGGGCAACGCGAUAUCCGUGGUGGUGGAGUCGUCGGCGGAGACCGCCGUGCUGGUGGGCGUGCCCUACGAGGCCUCCACGGACUACGUGAAGCUGCUGUUCGGACAGUGCGGCGAGAUCGCGCACAUACACGAGUUCAGCAAGACCAAGUUUAAGAUUUUGCGCGUAACCUUCCACGAGAAGGAGUCGGUGGAGAAGGCGCUGAAGCUGGACCGCGAGCUGCGCCUCAACGGCUUCCUCGUCACCGUCUCCAAGUACAGGGACGACGAUGAGCAGAAGGCGCACGCCAACAGCAAUAAGUCGAACAAGCGGCAGCACGGGCAGCAGGGCCGCAACAGCGCGGGCGCGGGCGGCGCGGGCGGCGCGGCGGGCGCCGGCGGGGCGGGCGCGGGCGGCGCGGGGGCGGCGGGCGCGGGCGCGGGGGGCGCCGCGCCGCCGCGCAACAACUCGUUCCGCCCGCGGGGCGCCGCGUUCAACGCGAGGGGCAACUUUAGAGGAGGCGCUCGCGGGCGCGGGUUCGCGGGGCGCGGCGGCGCGUUCCCGCGCGGCGGCUUCGCGCCCGUCAACACGUACCUGCCGCCGCAGGGCUUCAUGGGCCGCCCGAGCUACCUGUAGACAGAUCGACUAGCGCAGCAGGGCGCGUUCAUGAACGACGGCCAGCGGCCGAACAAGCGGCUCCGGCAAAUGUAACAUAGUGCAGUGUGAGGACUCGUGCGUCGAUGUUGUGUGUGUGUGUGAGACUGUAUCGGAUAAAU